UUUCAUCAACAGCCGCCAUUUUGGAUGAAUAAGGGGUCCAAAAUUUGAGGUGUUCUCCGCCGAAAUUUGGCUUCUUUUUUCGUCCCAGUGGCCGUUUUUGAGGCGACUGUUCACACUCAACCUUCAUGGAGUAGCUCCGGUAAGAGAUUGAACUCCGUUCGCCGUGGGAUUGCAGCUCCCGACGGCUCGAUGCUCGGCAAUGCUUGCCUGGGCAGUCGCGGAGCGUUGAAGUUUUGAUGGGCUAGUACGAUGCCGUAGAACACCGUCAUGAAGAGACUCUAUCCGUGCCUUGACCAUGAAGAAGAAAAUCGGACUGUGCAACCAUAUAUUUGUGCGCGUGUCGGACCAUCAGAUCUCCUAAAAGUGUAUUGGUAUGUCGAGGGUUUAAAUUCUUGAUAAUCUUUCCCCAUUCUUGAGCGCAUAGGGCAUCAGUGGUUUAGGCUUAUCAACAUGGCUGACCAUCUUGUCGACGGACCGCCGACGAAGCGACAGAAGUUGUCAGAAGCGGGCCUCUCGUCGGAUAGCGCUGACUUCAGCAGCCUCUGGGCCUUGGAGAACGAGCUCCCAGAGGAGCUGAUGGGCUCCGGCGGAGGCCCCUCGCUCGGCGACCUGGGCCCGCCCUCGCAGAACGCACAGCAGAACGGCACAACGAGCGUCGAGGACACGGUGUCGACGUCGGCAGCGCAGGCUGCGGCGGCAGUGGCGGCGGCGGCUGCGGCCAACCAGCGGCAGCACCAGCAGCUCUCUCAGCUGCUACAGAGCAAGGGGGUGGCGGCCAACCAUGGCAGCCCCGGCCCGAAGGAGCUGCCCAAGCAGCUGGGCCUGGUGGUGAGCUCCUCGGGCCCCCUGCUGAACGGCCCUCCGCAGCUGGGGGCCGCCCAGGCAGCCAUGGGGGUGCGUGCAUCUAUGGCGGGGCUACUGGCGGCCGGUGGCCCCAACUCCCCGCAUCAGGGUCCCCAGUCGGGGAUGGUGGGCCCUGGAGUCAAGGGUCCCGGAGGGUUGAUGGGCCAGGCGAACGCCGGUUUCCACGGGGGCUACGGCCAGGUCAUGGGAUCUCUGGGUGGACCACCGCAGCAGAGGCCACUGGUCCCGGGCCUGGGGGGCAGCAUGAUGGGAAUACCACCCCGGUACCCCAGUGCGGCCGUGGACUCCUCUCAGCUGCAGAACCACGGCCAGCAGAGUCCCCUGGGCUCCUCCUUGGGCCAGCAGCAGCAGGGCCAGCCCCCAGGGCCUCAAGGGGCACCCCCUGGGGGCGGACCUCCCGCCCCACCCCAGCAGCAAGGACCAGGCCACCCGUCGCCCGGGGCCGGGGUAGCUCCUCCCCUCGGCGCGGCAGCGCCCUCGACGGCCGACCCGGAGAAGCGCAAGCUGAUUCAGCAGCAGCUCGUGCUCUUGCUUCACGCGCACAAGUGUCAGCGGCGGGAGUCCCAGGCGGCCAAUGGAGAGGUGCGCCAGUGCUCGCUUCCUCACUGCCGUACGAUGAAGAACGUGCUGAACCACAUGACCAACUGCCAGGCGGGCAAGACAUGCCCAGUGCCCCACUGCGCCUCCUCUCGGCAGAUCAUCUCGCACUGGAAGAACUGCACCCGCAACGACUGCCCGGUCUGUCUACCGCUCAAGCAGGCCUCGGACAGGCGGCAGCAGCAAGCCGGUGCGGCGGUGCAGCCCACGCAGCCCAGCCAGAGCCCGGCUCCCGCGGACAUGCAGCGGGCGUACGCGGCCCUGGGGCUCCCCUACAACGCGGCCGGCGGGGCCAGCGUCAACCAGCUUGUCAACAGGGGGCAGGGCGUCUCUCAGAUGAAUGACCUGCAGCAGGUGGGCCCUGGGAGCCACUGCUCCCCUCAGGACCUGCUCUCGGGCCCUGGCGCCAACCCCGUGGCCUCCCAGCCGGGGGCGCCCCCCGGGGGAGGGGCGGCAUCCCUGGGGGCACAGGCGCCCCAGAGGCCACCCCUGGGACCCUCCAACCAAAGUGGGCCCCAGUCGCCGUUCAUGGGUGGCCCCACGUCGCCGGCGGCGUUGGCGACGGCAAAGCUCAUGAAAGCGGUUCAGCAACAGCAGCAGCAGCAACAGCAGGGGGGCAGCUCGGGGGUGGGCUCCGUGGUGCCUCCCAAUCAGGUGGCGCCGACCGGCGGCGGCCCCGGCGGCGUGAGCCUCACCCAGCCCGCCGGCAUCGCCAAGGACUGGCACCAGUCAGUCACGCGGGACCUCAGGCACCACCUGGUCCUCAAAAUAGUUCAAGCCAUUUUCCCCACCCCUGAGCCAGCCACUCUGCAGGAUCGGAGGAUGAACAAACUAGUCGCUUAUGCCAAGAUGGUCGAAGGAGACAUGUACGAGAUGGCCAACAGCAGGGAGGAGUACUACCACCUGCUGGCGGAGAAGAUCUACAAGAUCCAGAAGGAACUGGAGGAGAAGCGGCGGAAAAGCAAGGAGCAGCAGCAGCAACAACAGCAACAGAUGCACGUCGGCGCGCCCCAGAUGGGGGUGCCGCCCAACGCCCUGGCGCCCGGCGCCGCCGUGCCGGGCAGGGGUCCCGCCCCCGGCCUGGGGGCCGGCGUGAACUCCCAGCAGCAAGGGGGCGGCCCCUCCCACCUCCCGGGGGGCGCGUCCCUCGGCGGGGGUCAGCGCAUGGCGCCCCCCAACAUCACGGUGCCGGGCCCCUUCCCAUCCAACUCGCUGGGAGCGCCGCAGGGAAGCGGUCCCGGGGGCUUCGCGGGGGGCCCCCUCCAGCAACAGCAGCAGCAGUCGGGGGCCGUGGGUGGACUCUCGUUCGGAGGCGGGGCCGGGGGCGGCAGCUCCAACGCCCUCUCGUCCGGCCUGGACGGGGCCAUUGGGGGCCUCAACAGCCAGUUCCCACAGACGCAGCAGUUCGAGGCCAUGAAGCGGCACUUGAUUCAGCAGCAAGCGCAGCAGCUGAUGAACCAGGCAAAUCAAGUCCAGCUUUCCGGCAACGCAAACUCUGGCGCGUCGGUGCAGAUGUCCCAGAUGCUGCAGUCCCAGCUCAACUCCACGUCGGUGGGGGGGCCCGGCAGCCAGCACCAGCAGCAGUCCCAGCAGCAGCAGCAACAGCAAGUGCAAUCCCUGGGAGGUCCCCUGGGAGGGGGACCUCCGAUGCUGCCCCAGGCUUCGACGCCCCAGCCCCAGCAGCAGGCGCCCCCUCCGCAGCAUCCCCCGAGGGCCCAGUCCGUGCCCACGACGCUCGGCGGGUCCCAGCCCCCGACCCCGCUGGGGGGAGGAGGGGGCGCCACACCGGUGUCUUCAACGGGCAACGUGGUGUUGCAGUUGCCGCCGCCCUCGCACCAGCUCCCGGAGCAGAUCCUGGCCACGGAGGACUCGGUGCCAGAGGACUGCAAGCCGGACCAGGACCUGUCGCUCACCCUGUCCACGCCCGAGGGGUCCGCCGCCCCCACGCCCGCCCAGCAGGGCAAAAAGUCCAUUGAAAACCUGGACUCCUCCGGGGGCCCCAAAUCGAUGCUGGACUCCUCGUCCGGCAACGGGGGAGGAGGCAAGAUGGAGGUGGACUGCAAGCCGGACUUGCGGUCCAUCGGCAAGGGCAAGGGACUGGACAUGCCUGGGGAGAAUGGGCUACCUUCGUUUGGCCCAGUCAAGGAGGAGCCCAUGUCAGUCAAGGAGGAGCCCGUGGCCACGCCGGCAGGCGGAUCAGGGGAGACCGGAGCCACGGCGGCGGCCGCGGUCAAGCCGGAAGUCAAGCCGGACAUCAAGACGGAGCCAGCGGCGGCGGAGGCGUCCUCGGCGAGCUCCCCGCCCAAACCCAGACCGAACAAGAAGAUCUUCAAGCCCGACGAGCUUCGUCAGGCCCUCAUGCCGACUCUGGAGAAGCUGUACAGGCAGGACCCCCACUCGCUCCCCUUCAGGCAGCCCGUGGACCCCCUCCUCCUGCAGAUUCCCGACUACUUUGACAUUGUGAAGAAGCCCAUGGACCUGUCGACCAUCAAACGAAAACUGGACACGGGUCAGUACCAGGACCCGUGGCAGUACGUGGACGACGUAUGGCUCAUGUUUGACAACGCCUGGCUCUACAACCGCAAGACCUCGCGUGUCUACCGCUACUGCACCAAGCUGUCAGAAGAGUUCGAGCAGGAGAUAGAUCCCGUGAUGCAGUCGUUGGGGUAUUGCUGCGGCCGAAAGUUUGUGUUUCAACCGCAAGUUCUGUGCUGCUUUGGCAAGCAGCUUUGCACCAUCCCUAGGGAUGCCAAGUACUGGAGCUACCAAAACCGGUACACCUACUGCCAAAAGUGCUUUGCUGAGAUUCCUGGUGAUACCGUGACUCUGGGCGACGAUCCAACUCAAGCCCAGACGACCAUUCGCAAGGACCAGUUUGUCGAAAUGAAGAACGACCAUCUGGAGCUCGAGCCGUUCGUGGAAUGCCUCGACUGCGGCCGCAAGCUGCAUCAGGUGUGCGUACUUCACUUUGACAACAUCUGGCCCGAAGGUUUCACCUGCGAGAAUUGCCUAAAGCAGAAAGGAAAAAAGCGGAAAGAGAACAAAUUCACAGCCAAACGGUUACCCUCAUGCAAGUUGGGUAACUUCAUAGAGAACCGAGUGAACUGCUAUUUGAAGAAGAAGGACGCUGGAGCCGGGGAAGUGAGCAUCCGGGUGGUAGCCUGCACCGACAAACUGGUGGAGGUGAAGCCCGGCAUGAAGAACAGAUACGUGGACACGGGCCACUGGCCCGGCCAGUUCCCCUACCGGGCGAAGGCACUGUUUGCCUUUGAAGAGAUCGACGGGACGGACACGUGCUUCUUCGGGAUGCAUGUGCAAGAGUAUGGGUCGGACUGCCAUCCGCCCAACACCCGCCGGGUCUACAUCGCCUACCUGGACAGCGUCCACUUCUUCCGACCUAAGCAGUACCGCACGGCUGUCUAUCACGAGAUUCUCCUUGGAUACCUCGACUAUGUCAAGCAGCUUGGUUUCGCAAUGGCGCACAUUUGGGCGUGCCCACCGAGCGAAGGGGACGACUACAUUUUUCACUGCCACCCUCCGGAGCAGAAGAUCCCAAAGCCCAAACGGCUACAGGACUGGUACAGGAUGAUGCUGGACAAGGGCAUCAUCGAGAGGAUCGUGCUAGAGUACAAGGACAUUCUGAAACAGGCCACGGAGGACAACCUGACGAGCGCCUCGGAGCUGCCCUACUUCGAGGGGGACUUCUGGCCCAACGUGCUGGAGGAGAGCAUCAAGGAGCUGGACCAGGAGGAGGAGGAGAAGCGCAAGGCGGCCGAAGCCCUGGCCGCCUCCGCCGCCGCCUCCGAGGGCUCCCAGGACGGAGAGCCUGAGGGCACUGAGCUGGGCGAGAAGAAGGGCCAGAAGAGUGGGCGCAACAAGAAGGCUAACAAGAGCAAGAGCAACCAGCGCAAGAACAACAAGAAGUCCUCUGUGCCCCACACGGGCAACGACCUCUCGGCCAAGAUAUACUCCACCAUGGAGAAGCACAAAGAGGUGUUCUUCGUGAUCCGGCUGCACUCUGCACAAGCGGCGGUGAGCCUGCCGGCAAUCCACGACCCGGACCUGCUGAUGCAGUGUGAUUUGAUGGACGGCCGGGACGCCUUCCUCACCCUGGCCCGGGAGAAGCACUACGAGUUCUCCUCCCUACGCCGAGCCAAGUUCUCCACCAUGGCCAUGCUGUACGAGCUGCACAACCAGGGCCAGGACCGCUUCGUGUACACCUGCAACACCUGCAAGAGCCACGUGGAGACGCGCUUCCACUGCACCGUCUGCGACGACUUCGACCUGUGCGUGGCCUGCCACGAGCGGGAGGGACACCCCCACAAGAUGGAGAAGCUGGGCCUGGACCUGGACGACGGGACGUCCCAGUCGGACCCCAAGCAGAGCAACCCGCAGGAGUCCCAGCGGCUGUCCAUCCAGCGCUGCAUCCACUCGCUGGUGCACGCCUGCCAGUGCCGCGAUGCCAACUGCCGCCUGCCCAGCUGCCGGCGCAUGAAGCGCGUCGUGCAGCACUCCAAGAGCUGCAAGCGCAAGACCAACGGCGGCUGUCCCAUCUGCAAGCAGCUCAUCGCGCUGUGCUGCUACCACGCCAAGCACUGCCAGGAGGCCAAGUGCCCGGUGCCCUUCUGCCUGAACAUCAAGCACAAGCUGAGGCAGCAGCAGCUCCAGCAGAGGCUCCAGCAGGCGCAGAUACUGCAGCGGCGCAUUGCGAGCAUGGCGACCAUGCAGAGCCGGGGCGGGGCGGCCCCGCCGCAGGCGCAGCCGCCCCCGUCGCUGCCACCGGCGCCGGCGCCCCUCGCGGGGGGCGGUGGGCCCAUGCAGCCGGGGGCCGGGGCCAAGCCAGCGGGUCCGCCCGUGGGAGCGCUGCAGGCCGUGCAACAGGUACAGGCAGCGGCGGCGCGCCAGCAGGCUCCCCACCUGGCCCCGCCGGGGGGCUACGGCAAGGGGGCUCCCCCCCUGCAGAAGCCCCUGGCCCCCGCAGGUCCCCGCAUGAUGCCGAUGCGCUGGGAGAGCCCGCCCUACGGACAGCCCCCACAGCAGGGCCUCGGGGUGGGGCCCCCCAUCCGGCAACAGGGCCCACCCCCCGGCCAGAUGGUGCCCCCCGGGGCCCAGAUGGGGCCCCCCAACGUGGGCGGGCCCCAGCGGCCCAGCCAGAUGACGCCUGCCCUGCAGCAGCUCAUCCAGACGCUCAAGUCCCCCGCGUCGCCCCAGCAGCAGCAGCAGGUGCUGCACAUCCUCAAGUCGAACCCCCAGCUCAUGGCGGCCUUCAUCAAGCAGAGGAGCCAGCAUCAGCAGCAGCAGCACCAGCAACAGCAGCAGCAACAGCAGCAGCAACAACAACAGCAGCAACAGCAGCUGAUGCUGGGCGGACCCCCGCAGCCGAUGCAGCAGCCUCAGCAGCAGCAGCAACAGCUCCAGCAACAGCAGUGGCUGCAGAAGCAGCAGCAGCUGCUCAUGAUGCAGCGGCAGCAGCAGUUUCAGCAGCAACAGCAGCAGCAGCAGCAGGGGGGCGCGGGGCCCGGAGGCGCCUACCAGCGUCCCCCCGCGCGGCACUUCUACCAGGGGGGCCCCACGGGGCCCGGCAGCGACGGCUACCCGCCCUUCGCACCCCCGCUCAAGCAGAGCCCCCUGAGCCCCCAGCAGCUGAUGCAGCAGGUGCGGUCGCCCCCCCCGGGCCAAUUGGUGCGCUCCCCCCAACCCUCCCCCCGCCCCAUCCCGUCGCCACGGCAGCAGCCCAUCCCUUCGCCUCACUACCCGAGCCAGACGCACUCGCCCCACCUGGGCGGCGGUCUGGUCGAGGGCCCCCCCGGGGGCGACCUGAUGCUGCCCCAGGGCGGGCUGGCUCCCCCCGGUGGCCCCAGCCCGGGGCCCGACCUCACCCCGCAGCAGCUGGCACCCCCGCAAGGCUCGGACGGUUCGGAACUCCUCACCCCUCAGGAGCAGCUCAACAAGUUCGUGGAGAACUUGUAGCAGCGCUGCUCCGUGGUGUACAUAGCGGGGGGGGGUGUUUCCAUCGCCGGGUGUGGGGGACGUUGUGCCAACGCCGAAGACUGGGACACUAGCCGGGGGUCGUCGUCCCCCGUUCCCCCACCGGACACUGUACAGUUCAACUCCUGCAUCGGUUUUUUCGUGCUCCCCUUUUUAUGGAUCAUCGGACCCUCUCUCUUUCUCUGCGGGCGGCAGCCUUCUCCGGAGGAUGGACGUCUCCGCCGUGCGCUGCGGCCGCCCCUCAUCUCCACUGUAAAUUCAUCCGCUCCCCCGCCGCCUCGCUCUGUAUUAUUACUACUAUUAUUAUUAUUAUAUUAUUAUUAUUAUCGUUGUAAAUUUCUUUUUCGUCUAAUUUUAAGAAGCGGUUUGUGCGCGCGUGGAGGCCACGGCUGGCGAGAAGGUCAGCCUUUGUCUCGGCUCAGCAAAGGAAGUCUGAAUCGUGUCACCGGUUAAGUUAAGAAAGAAAAGCGAGUGCUGCCUUCCCCCCUUUCUUGUCUCUUUCCCGCAUUCCUUCCCGUUCCCCAAUGAAGCGGAGCCGGUGGUCACACGCGGCGCAUUUUUCGGGAGGCGGCCCGUGCGGUGCAUUUGAGUGCUUUUGGACUUUUUUUUUCCCUCCCUUUUUUUACUUUCCCCACAUCAUGGAUGUGUCUGUUUAUCGUGACCCCUUUCCCCCCCCCACCCCCUUUCGGAGACAUUUUUUACAAUGGGGUGGCACGGUGCCACCCGAGGUUAUUUAUUACUUAGUUUUCCAGGCAGACAUAUUUUCCCAAGUCACCCGUUCCUCCUCCCCAGAUCGUGGCGUAUUAUUUUUCAUUGUUUUCUUCUUUUUUUUUUAACGAGGGCUGUACAUGAGUGCGUGUGUGCUUAAGGGCUGGAAUUCGGUGUGCCUGUCGUCUGGCGUGCGGGUAGACCCGGUCAUUUUUUUUUUUUUUGGCCCCCGUCCUCCGGCGAUAGACGUAAAAAGAGAAAUCGUUUGCAUAUGAAAUAAAUCGGGAUCACAUUCCACGUUGCCCUAAAACCCCACCUCCCUGUCGUCGCGAUGACUCGCAAUUUUUUAAGGGGGAGAUAUGGGGAGGGAGGAAAGGUCGGCGAGGACAGCGACAUGAAUGCGUGGAAUGUUCACUGCCACCGGUUGUGCUGAUAUCCAAAGCUAGACACGACGGGUGCGGGGGCGCGGGAGGCCGAGGGCAUAAGGAAGAAGUGGUGCUGCGAUGCAGGAAUCGAGGGGUCGAUAACGAAGGCGAUUUUGGGGAGGCGUAGGGAACCCCGUGCGACCGUGGGUUUUGUCAUCUCGAAAACAUUGUCCUCUUUUUCUGCGAUGAAAGCCGUAAGAAAUGAAAAAAAAUGGUGGCCGAAUUUUGUCUGUUUUGUACAUUCAUCCCCCUAGAGCCGCCACUUGGUUGUGUGGCGUCUGCAUUGUACAUACUGUACACAUUUCAUGUCUACCGAUGGAAUAAAAUUAGGUACGUUAAUA